UCCCUUGGAGGCGACGGACAACGUUUCCCUCCGAUCCCCGCUAACGCCUGUUUGAGGCCGGAGAUAUAACCGUGGAUAUGCGGGGUAGUGUAAAGGCCUCAAACAAGAUACUACGUACAGAUUACAAGCCGCCGGAAAUGUUUCCGGUGGACAGCUAUUUAUGUACGACGCCGUAAGGUUCGGCAGAAAAUAUAUUACCUGGCACGUGUAGGCAGGUAUUCUGAAGCAUAUAAUACUUGGAGGGGUCCAUUUUCGGGCAGCCCGCUUGGCUUUGAGAUUUGCCCCCCUUCGAGGUGUCGACAUCUGACUCCAGCACAAUGACUUCCCAUCCCGAGUUCGGUGAACGAACACCUGGCUCUGAAGUGGCCAAAGUGUUCGCCGACCAAAUUCGGGGGAAAACCAUCUUGGUGACCGGCGUUAGUCCCAAGAGCAUCGGCGCCUCCACCGUCCUGAACCUGGCGUCCCAGAGCCCGGGUCUUCUUAUUCUUGCGUCACGUACCAAAAGUCGGAUUCAAGAGGUCGCUGACCAGAUAACGACAAAGUAUCCUGGCGUGCGGGUGGAGACUGUCCUCGUGGAUUUGGGCUCACAAGAAUCCAUCCGUCGAGCGGCUGCAGACGUGGCGGCCUUGACUGACAAGCUCGACAUCCUGAUCAACAACGCCGGAAGGGUUGUCACCUCUCGCCAAGCGACUCAGGAGGGUAUCGAACAGCAGUUCGGUACCAACCAUAUCGGCCCGUUCCUCCUGACCAACCUUCUGCUGCCCCUGCUACGGAAGGCGGCAGAGACUAACCCUCCGGGCGCGACUCGCAUUGUGAACCUCUCGAGUGCUGGUCACAGGCUGUCUCCCGUCCGCUUCUCCGAUUACAACCUCGAAGGCAAACCUGUCCCGCCUGAGGAAGAUCAUGUCAAGCCCCUUCCAGGCGCCUUUGCAAACUGCACUCCUGACGGUUACAAGCCCAUCGUCGCAUACGCGCAGUCGAAAUCGGCAAACAUCCUGUUUACCAUCUCCCUACAAAGGCAUCUGGCCAACCAUGGCAUCGCCUCUUAUGCCGUCCACCCCGGCUCUAUCGUCACCGAGCUCAGCCGAGAGCAAGACGACGAACUCAACGCCGAAUUCCACAAGCUGAUAAAGUACUGGAAAACCCCUGAUGAGGGGAGCUCAACCACACUUGUUGCCGCGCUGGACCCAGCUCUGAAUGAGGUCAAAGGUUUCUAUCUUUCUGACUGUCAGUAUACUGAGCCCUCGGCACAUGCCAAGGACGCCGCCGCUGCAGACCGCCUGUGGAAGUUGAGUGAAGAGCUGGUCGGGGAGAAGUUUUCCAUAGGGGGUUGAGGGAAAUGGCAUCACUCUCGGUAUUGGUUCAUACCGAUCAAAUGCAUGAAUCCCGGGAGACUAAGAUGAGCAGAUGUUAUUGAUUGAUCAGACA